GCGCAUUACGCCAUCUUGAAAUUACAGCCGCAAUUUGUCAAGACGUACACAAAUAAAAAGCACAACUAUUUUUUGUCGUUACCGCCACGGUGUCUAACAUGCACGGAUCUCGGAACAAAACAGCGCCGACGGUCAGCAAGGGACACACAGACACAGACACCGGGUCGGAGUCAAACCACAGGGACCGGAAAGCUGGCGGAGGGAUGUUAAAAAAGCUGAAGUCGAGGCGCAGUCAAACGGAUAAGUGGCCUGUGGUCACCGAGGAUGAACUCAGGGCACUGGGAGGAGAUAUUUCUCCCGAUCAUGUCUUGGGACUGCGGGCUGUCACGGAAGACUAUCUCUGCAAACCUGAAGACAAUAUCUACAACAUUGACUUCACCCGUUUCAAGAUCAGAGAUCUUGAGACCGGAACAGUACUGUUUGAGAUCGCAAAACCUCCCAAUACUGGUCCUGCAGAGGCUGAAGAGGGGAGUGGAGAUGCAGACGUCAGUGCCGGGCGCUUUGUGAGAUAUCAGUUUACACCAGCCUUUCUAAAACUACAAACUGUAGGUGCAACGGUAGAGUUCACAGUAGGCGACCGGCCCAUUAACAGCUUUCGUAUGAUUGAGAGGCAUUACUUCCAGGGUCGUCUACUCAAGAACUUUGACUUUGACUUCGGCUUUUGCAUUCCCAACAGCCGCAACACAUGUGAACACAUUUAUGAGUUUCCACAACUUCCAGAUGACCUCAUUCGCCAAAUGGUGGAGCACCCUUAUGACACCAGAUCAGACAGUUUCUACUUUGUGGACAACAAACUCAUCAUGCACAACAAGGCAGACUAUGCCUACAAUGGUGGUCAGUGAGACCUGAAUGAGGACAACUGUGCAAUACCCUGCCGAAGAGGCAUUUUUUUUCUCCAUUAAACUUUUCGGAGCUAGGUUGGGUUUUUUUUUUUUUUUUUUUUUUUUUUUUUUAUGAGACAGAUGAUUUUUUUUUUCAUCAGCAGAAUCAACAUCCCACAGCUAAUGAAUCUAUUAUGAAUCUUGGGACUCUGAGGUAGAGUGGGUCGAGUUUGUCGCACAAGUGACAAACUCCGGUUUGUGCACUGUUUGCCUUUUGUUUGCGUCUCUGCUGGAAAGGGACGAUCACAGACCUGUUGGCUCUGUUACAACUUAAUUUGCUUUAGUGUAGUUAUUUUCUGUUAAAAUGCUAUAAACUACCUUCUCAAGUGACAAUUGCUUCCCUUUAGGAAUAAGCAGCAGUUAGUAGAACUUGUAAAGUAAUGUUAGUUGUUCACUCUUAAAUAUUCAUUCAUAUCAGUUUGGCUGCUGAUAUCAGUUCAUAUAAAAUAACACAUUUUGCAUAAUUGGUUGGCUAGUCAAAAUCAAUGGACAUAGUCAUUUCUGGUUUGAGUGUAUUCUUGAUUAUUUGUAAGAAUCAUUUUAUUUUCUUAUUUAAAUCAUAUAAAUACACUUGUUGUUAUUCCCACCCUGGAAAUUAUUAUUGCUAGAAGAGCUGCAAGUUGAUAAGCAGGAUUAUGAAGUACAACUUUUGGAAAUUCUUUAUGAUUUGAACUUCCUUUGAUCAUCUGUUAAAACAUCAACUUCAUGUGCCUUUCAGCCCGUUGCUGGGAAAAAUGUUGUCAUUCACAUAUGAGAGAAGAAUGCAGGGAGGUGCUGCUUACAUCCAGUCUGAUAGAAAUAUAUUUUGUAUAUGCUCUCUCAUGCAGGAAGCUGUGCGAAAAAGAAAAAUGAAUUAAAUAUGUUUCAUAAACUGACUGACUGAUGUAAAAAUUUGCAGCUGUAAUAAUCUGUGCUCGUUGAUAGUUUUAGUAGUCUGUAGUUUCCUUUUUUUGUUUUAAUUGAAUGAAAAUUAGUGGAUGGAUAAUGUAAGUGUAUUGAUGAGUGCAGUUGAAUUGCUGGUGAACAGCUCUGGUAUUGUAGUUGGGAAGAAAUGGUUUUGCCAAUCAGUCAGUUGUGUUACAUAUGAUUGCGUAAAAGAGGUGAUUGUUUUCUUUGUAUAUAUGUAAAAACAGCAACAACAGCUGGCAAAAAGAAUGGGCACAUUUUGGUGCCGUUUGCAUUGACUCUCUCUCUAAUGAAUAAUAAACUACUUUUGCAAAUAAAAUGACUUUCUUCUGAAGACUGUUUUGUAAAUGACACAUAAUGGGUAUAAUGUCAGUAUUUUUCAGUCUUUCCCGGAAUUUCUUGGUAAACAGGCUGGAUUUGUUCAUGGGGAAAAAU